AUGUCUUCUUGGCUACAAGCAUAUCAAGAGUUUCGGACGGCUGAGCCUCUGCUACACCGUGUCUUGGUAUUCCGUGUGUACCAAUUCAUAGCCAUAAUCUGCCUUCAGUUGCUAUGCAUGCUUAAUGACCUCGAGUGGUUUAACACCUCUCCAACUGUUAUCAUGGACGAUGAGGAGGAGGUCACGAUGUUGACUCUUUGCACAAAGAUCUACUCAACGAUGGCCGUGUCUCCUAUACCGUUGGAUUACGAUUACUAG